AUGCCAUGCGCUGACUGUUACACAGGACAUGACCAUCCUGGUCCUGUUUACGGCCGUGAGGCCAAACUUCACGGUCAUGAUGUGUACGUUGCGGAACCUCAGACCAAAGAGGUUUCGAUAAAGGGACUGAUAGUCGUUAUGUCGGAUGCGUUCGGGUGGAAAACGACCAACCUACGUGGUGUGGCAGACAAAUAUGCAGAGCGGACUGGCUGCAGAGUAUACGUUCCUGAUUUCAUGUAUGGCACCUCUGCGCCCGCAUCCAUCAAAGCCGUCAUCGACAGUGUUCUUAAUGAUAGAGGUUUCUGGGGAUGGCUGGUAAAACCAUGGAACUUAUUAAAGGCUGCAUUCGUCAUGGUGCCUUUCAGCAUUCGUAACAAGCCCGAGAAGCGUUAUCCUGGCAUUCGCAAGUUCAUGGACGACCUCCGUUGCAAUGAAGCAGCUAAUCUCAAGGUUGGCGUGGUGGGCUUCUGCUGGGGCGCAUAUGGUAUCACCCAUCUAGCCCACGGCGAGGUAGCUGCGAAUGGCAAGACGAUCAUCGACGCAGCCUUCACUGCUCACCCGAGUGAAAUCGAGGUUUCCCGAGACAUCGAACCUGUGAAACUGCCCUACAGUAUGGCCAUUGGUGAUGUCGACUUUGCCUUGCCUUUGAAGGAGGUGCACAAGGCAGCUGAGAUCCUGGAUGCGAAGAAGGAUGUGGACACUGAAGUUGUUGUCAUUCCUAAUGCAAAGCACGGGUUCGCUGUUAGAGGCAACCCGGAUAAUGAGGAGGAGAAAGAUAUGGCUGAUCAGGCAGAAGACCAAUUAGUUAGGUGGUUCACUAAAUAUUUGUCUUGA